AUGGAACGAGAUAAGAUAUCAGCAGAUGAUAAAUCUUCAUUUCAUACUUCUCCAUCACCGUUGUAUAUUAAAAGAAUCCUUAAUGCGAAACGGCAGUAUUCUGAAUCGAAUCUGAGAGUGAAAGUUAGCGGUGCGGAAAUGUACAACAUUUACAGAGCCUUCCAUGGGCGUCUAAAUAUAUCAUACAAGCGGCUUGAAGACAGUAAACAAGUUUGCAUUGAUGCAAUGGAUUUAUUGGAUCAGAUUGUAAUAUUUCGAGGCUGUGAACCAUCCGUCAUUAUUAGUUAUAUUGCAAUUGUGAGAGAAGUAUACUUGCAUGCAUGCAGUAAUCUCAAGAAAGAAGAUAUUAGCACGCAAGAAAGAAAAACAAGAAUGUUAGAGCAAUGGCGACAAAUUGAAAAGCAUUUUGCUAAAAUCAAAUAUGCAAUGUUGGAUUGCUGGCCUAUAGGGAAUGAAUCCGAUCUGAUGGCUGCCUAUGUUUCCAUUGCAUUAUUAUAUUCAUUGUACAAAGACGUAUGUGAUGAGGGGAUUAUACGGCAGUGUUAUGAAGCAGCAGGACGUGCCCGAAAAUGCGGUCGAGCUAAUUUAAGCGAAAGUCAGUUUAAUGAAGUACAACAAUAUUGCGAUAUGAUUGAAAACAUUUUCUUUUUGAGACGUCAACGAUCAAUGAUGAAUAAUGACACGAACGAAGAUGUAAACAACAGUAUUGUAAACGAUGAUCAGUCAUGCGACAAUAACGAUAUUGGGAGUGAAAAUCACCUACAACUUGACAAUCAACAGCAAUUUGCUUCUAUUCCUGAAGCUUGUAUUAAAUGUGACUCUGAUAAUCUUUUGAAUUGUCACUCUGCAUUGGGACGUAUCAAAGAUGGUCCUGCUAUUUUAGCUGAAUAUGGACAAUUAACUACUGCCGGAAAGACUCCAACUUCUGAAAAAAUAUGCCAGAAACGAUUGCUUCCUAGUAAUUUCGAAAUUAAAACUGCUCAGAAAAAGUUAAAAUACCAGAAGCCGACAAUAUUAACUGAAUUUGAAGCUGUUUUAUUAGCACGAAAUGGCAUUGGUAAUGGAGAAUUUGAAUUUCCACGACCAAGUGAUUUGAAAUUAAACCGAAAUUUGAAAAUUUUCAAAUCAUCGCUGAAUAGUCGACAUUACGCACCAAAGUCCAAGUUGUCUAAUGUCUGUCAGAUUACUGCCGAAAAUUUGGGCAGCAUAAAAACGAAUUUCGAAAAUUUAAACUCAUCCAAUUCUGUUCAUCAAGUCCUUGAAUCCAGUCUAAUUAAUCCUACUGAAGAUCAGUCUUUCAUGAAUCAGAAGGAAAACAAGAUAGCAUCAAUAACAAACAUAACGAAUAAAGAUACAGUAAUUUCCGAAUCAUUGCAAGGUGCUGAUACGAGUUUUCCCUCCUCAAUUCAAGAUGAGAUUUCUGAAACAGAAUGGAACAUUGGGGGAUUUAUUAAGCAUACUGAAACAAAUAUGGUUUUUUCAAAGAUCGAAUCUUACGCAAAUGAAUUUGUUGGAAAGAUUAUUCACUCAGUAAUAAAAGUGAACUAUGAGCCAAGGAAAUGUUCACGACGAAAUUCAGAAACAAUUCAGAUAACAGAUACUGUAACAUCAACUCUCCUCACUGCCAACAAUUCUCCAACACCGAAACAACAAGGAUCCAUUGAUGGGAGUGAAGAAGUUGGAGUGGAAUCCGAUGGAAUGAAUAAAAACAUAUCAAUUCAGACGAAACGAAUCCCAACGAAAAAUAUCAAUCAGCAUGUUGAAGAUGUUAUUAUUAAAUCCACUGCAAGCGUUAUCACCGAUCCGAAUUCUAAUGACAUGUUAACUCGAGAUAAGUACAAUAGCGAAGGGAUGUCGGAUAGAAUGAUUGUUGUCGAAGAUUACGCGGAGAUGGAAUUAAGUCGUGAUCAGAUAUCAAAAAGUUUCUGUAACUUGCAGCAAACAUCUGAAAGCAUUUCCAAUUCUGGUCUAUCUUCGAUUCCACUUCAAGCUAAAUUGCCAACUUCAGUGCGACCGGAUUCCAUCACAACCCUCUCAAAUUCAGCUGAUUUAGGCAACAAAUCGAUGCGAAACAGAAAACAAAUGGAAACUGAUUCAGUAGUCGAUAUAUCGGAGGAACGGAAUAAGAAAGAAGAAAAGGUGCAAAACAAAUUAAAUGAUGGUGAUGCGGUUCUUCCGGAUCAUAUCAAUGAGAUACAUAGAAUAGUCAAAGGAGAAGGAAGCUAUGAAAAGUUUAGAGAAAUUUCGAAACCUCUUCAGAAAUUGAAAACCAGUAAGCAACGACAAUUAUCAGUGGGAAUUGCAACACCCAUUAUCACUGAUGCAAAAUUUCCUCCGAAACAGGCGGAGAACCAAACUGAUUCUGAAGUGGAACCGGAUGAUGCAGAAAAAAAGUACACUGUUACCACGAGCGAACUCCUUGCCAGUCGGGAAAAUUUGUUUUCCGGAGUGGUAUCUAGCGGCAUACGGACGAGUAACGAAGUGAAUCCUUCAGCUUCAAAUAAUCAAAGUGGUGCUUCAACAGGACAGAUGGAAACAGCUGCACUAAUACAUUUUGGUGAUUUUAACUGUUCAUCGGAUAAUUCACCAAUGCAAAUGUUGAAUUACAGUUCCGAUAUGUCUUUGAUGGAAAUCAUUCCAAAAGAACAGUUUGGUACAACUCAAAUAAAGUCCCAAAAUGAGCUCUUGGAUAAAGAAAUGCUUUUUGAAAAAUAUACGAAUUUUGAGCCUCCAUCAUGCAGGUUGCAAAAGACUCCUGAAUUUGAUUCAAUGCCUUUAUCCACGGAACAAUUACUGUCAAAACCUGGAUUGCAAUUUCAAAUGUUUCCAACUGGAUCGACUCAUCAAAAUCAGAUAAGACACCAUCUCUCCAUAUCUCAUUCACAGGGUAUAACCGAAGAAACAGAUAAUUAUGAAGCAGUCUGGAAAAGCUUCUCGGACAUAGUACCUUCCAGUUCUGGAGAAACAGAGUUAAGAGCUAUUGGCUUCAGCGAUAUUAGUACAGCCCAAAUUGAAUUCAUUGUAGAACCGAGUCUUCAGGAACAAGAUCAAGCUUUAUUGACGUCUGACGUGGCAUCUCUCAUAUCUUCACCCUCACUGUUUACUAUAAAUAAUUCAGAAAGCAGCACUUCAUCGAGAACUGACCAGGAAUCAAUAAUGACCAAAUCUGAAACUAAUGAAUAUAUUGCAUCAGAACAAAAAAUCGGAAAAGAAAUUGUUGAGUCAAAAUUGAGACCAAUCUUGAAGGAAAUUUUUGACAAGAAGGAGUUCUGUUUUACAAGAAAUAACAAUAAAUAUCAUCAAGAAGAAGAGAUCCGACUGGAACCAGAAAUACAACAAACAAGCUUAUACAGACGGCAAAUUGCGCCAGCAUGUCAACGAUUGAAUAAUCUAACAUCUGUUUCUUCAAAACCACCGUUGCCGUGUAGGCCUAAGCAUUUAUUUAUGACGGGGAAAAAAUCUGUCGAAGCGAUUGCAUCUGAAGCCAGCUUUACAUUUUCAGACUGUGACGAUAAGAAGUCUGGUUUCAGCACACCAGAAAUCUGCCAGGCUAGUAGUUCACAAGAAACAGGACUGCUCGAUACAUCUGAAGAAAAGUCAUCAGAACCUGAAAAGUCUUGGGAUGAUACAAUAAACACAGAAGAGCAAAAUCUAGAAAAUAAAUUAGCGUCAUGUAAAGAAAGAAGCAAUGAACAAAUGAAUGAUGAUGAGGCGACAAAAACUUCCUCUACAUCAGAGGGAACCAUUCAAAUUCCACACUUCGACGCAAAAGCGGAAUUCGAUAGGCGGCUUUCUGUCAAAAAGGGUCAUCGCGGAGAAGUGCCAGUUAUCGUAAAAACUGCAAUUUUAAAGUCUAAGAACAAAUUACGACUAUCGAGAUGUUUAACCGAUGAAUUACUAAUUUCCCCUACAUUGAGGCUAAGUGCCAGCGAGAAACCAGAUUUCAAUUUCAUUAUCAGAAAGAAGUGA